AACUUUUCUGCUUGUUAAUUUAAUCAAUUUCAUACUGAAAUAAAAGUGAUUAUCUUGAUGAAUAUUUCCAUGAUGUAUUCUGUAGAGAGCAAAAUUUUUAAUUGCAUUAGAUACAUUACCUCAAAAAAAUAGGAAAUCUUGUACAUUGCAGAAAUUUCUUUAUAAUGGGCAUUGAAACAUCUUGUGAUGAUACAGGUUGCGCUGUAUUAAAUGAAGAUGGAAAUAUCUUAGGUGAAUCUCUCCAUUCCCAACAUCUCGUACAUUUAAAGCAUGGUGGCAUUAUUCCUCCUAUAGCCCAAGACAUGCAUAGAAAAAAUAUAGAACAUGUGGUUAACUUAGCAGUUGAAAGAUCUGGUAUUAAGUUUGAGGAUUUGAGUGCUAUAGCCACAACAGUAGAACCAGGUUUACCUAUGAGUUUAUCUAUUGGAAUGAAAUAUGGAAAACAUUUAUGUAGACUGUAUAAAAAACCAUUCAUACCAAUUCACCAUAUGAAGGCACAUGCACUAACGGCUAGAAUGUAUGAUAAAUCAAUAGAAUAUCCAUUUUUAGUUUUGUUAGUCAGUGGAGGUCAUUGCCUUUUAGCCAUUGCUGAAAAUGUUGAUGACUUUCUUCUUCUUGGUAAAUCGACUGACAAUGCACCAGGUGAAAUAAUGGAUAAGAUUGCAAGGAGGCUCAAAUUGAGAAACCUUGAAGAAUAUGCAACUUUAUCGGGUGGAAGAGCUGUAGAAUUGGCAGCAUCUAAAGCUGACAAUUCAACUCAGUUCAAUUAUGUUAUCCCUUUACUACAUCACAAAAACUGCAAUUUCAGUUUUUCUGGGCUUCACAACCAAAUAAGUAGGAUGAUCGAGAAAGAAGAGAAAAUUUAUGGAGUAGCUCCUGAUGAAGUAAUCCCUACAGUUUAUAAUAUGUGUGCAGGGUUUCUUUUAACAAUAACAAGACAUAUAUGUCAUCGAGUACAAAGGGCGAUGGAGUUCAUACAAAUAAAAAAUUUAAUACCACCAGAGAGGAGAGUCUUAGUAAUGUCUGGUGGAGUAGCUUGCAACAACUUUAUUCCUAAGGGUAUUGAAAUUAUAUGUAAGGAAUAUGGAUAUAAGUUAGUGCGUCCGCCUCCAAAGUUGUGUACAGAUAAUGGAAUAAUGAUUGCUUGGAAUGGUGUAGAAAGGUGGAAAUCACAGAUUGGUAUAUAUUCAGACUUUGAACACAUCACUGUGAAAAAAUCAAAUCCAAUUGGAAAUAGUAUGAUUGAAGAAAUUGAAAAUGCAAACUUGAGUUGCGAAUGGGUGAAACUAAAAGAUUUAAAACAUACAUCAGCUGUUAGAGAUGGCAAUUAAACGAUCUGUGAUAUA